GGCGGCGCCGCCGCAGCUCCGCGGGAGCCGGCGGGACGCUCGGCGGAACCCCCGGCGAAGGUUUCCCGGGGAGCGCCGCGCUCCUCACCCGUCGCAGCGGCGUGCCGGCGAGCGCUCGGUCCCUUCGGCGGGGCCGGGCAUUGCUCGCCGCCUUCUGCCGCGGCCGAGCGAGCCAAGUCGGAGCGACGGGGGUCACGGCGGGGGUCAGAGGGUAAAGGUCCUGCUCCCAGCAGCCUCCGCGGUGGAUACGUCGCCAUCUUGGAUCCGCGGGACAAGAAAAUUCAUGCGUACUGUGAGGAAAGGACACGACUCUAUGGUGAGGACUGAUGGACAUACAUUAUCUGAGAAAAGAAACUACCAGGUGACAAACAGCAUGUUUGGUGCUUCAAGAAAGAAGUUUGUAGAGGGGGUGGACAGCGACUACCAUGAUGAAAACAUGUACUACAGCCAGUCUUCUAUGUUCCCACAUCGGUCAGAGAAAGAUAUGCUGGCAUCACCAUCUACAUCAGGUCAGCUGUCUCAGUUUGGGGCAAGUUUAUACGGGCAACAAAGUAAGAAUUUUGUACUUAUUCUGGGAUACUUUAUAUUUAAGGGAAAAAGUAAAGAACAGCCACUUCUACUGUUGGGUAUUUUGCCUAUGAAUCCUAGGAAUAUGAUGAACCACUCCAGGUUGGUCAGGGGCAUUGGAAUUCCUAGCAGGACAAAUAGCAUGAGCAGUUCAGGGUUAGGUAGCCCCAACAGAAGCUCGCCAAGCAUAAUAUGUAUGCCAAAGCAGCAGCCUUCUCGACAGCCUUUUACUGUGAACAGUAUGUCUGGAUUUGGAAUGAACAGGAAUCAGGCAUUUGGAAUGAAUAACUCCUUAUCAAGUAACAUUUUUAAUGGAACAGAUGGCAGUGAAAAUGUGACAGGAUUGGACCUUUCAGAUUUUCCAGCAUUAGCAGACCGAAAUAGAAGGGAAGGAAGUGGUAACCCAACCCCAUUAAUAAACCCUUUGGCUGGAAGAGCACCUUACGUUGGAAUGGUAACAAAACCUGCAAAUGAGCAAUCCCAGGACUUCUCAAUACACAAUGAAGACUUUCCAGCAUUACCUGGUUCCAGCUAUAAAGACCCAACGUCAAGUAAUGAUGACAGCAAAUCUAAUUUGAAUACAUCGGGGAAGACGACUUCAAGUACAGACGGACCCAAAUUCCCUGGAGAUAAAAGUUCAACAACACAAAACAAUAAUCAGCAGAAAAAGGGGAUCCAGGUGUUACCUGAUGGCCGAGUUACUAACAUUCCUCAAGGGAUGGUGACGGACCAAUUUGGAAUGAUUGGGCUGUUGACAUUCAUCAGGGCGGCGGAGACAGACCCAGGAAUGGUGCAUCUCGCUUUAGGAAGUGACUUAACAACAUUAGGCCUCAAUCUGAACUCUCCUGAAAAUCUCUACCCCAAAUUUGCAUCACCCUGGGCAUCUUCACCUUGUCGACCUCAGGACAUAGACUUCCAUGUUCCAUCCGAAUAUUUAACGAACAUUCACAUUAGGGAUAAGCUGGCUGCAAUCAAGCUUGGCCGAUACGGAGAAGACCUCCUCUUCUAUCUCUAUUACAUGAAUGGAGGAGAUGUAUUACAACUCUUAGCUGCAGUAGAGCUUUUUAACCGUGAUUGGAGAUACCACAAAGAGGAACGAGUGUGGAUUACCAGAGCACCAGGCAUGGAGCCCACAAUGAAAACCAACACCUACGAGAGGGGAACAUACUACUUCUUUGACUGUCUUAACUGGAGGAAAGUAGCUAAGGAGUUCCAUCUGGAAUAUGAUAAAUUAGAAGAACGGCCUCACCUGCCAUCCACCUUCAACUACAACCCUGCUCAGCAAGCCUUCUAAAAGACUUCCCUUUUCCUGGGGUAUGGCUGUCUCAGCACAGUACUCGACAGAUCCGCAGAAUUGAUGUGGCUCAGGCACCCUGGUUUUAAUUCCUUGAGGAUCUGGCAAUUGGCUUACGUAAAGGGUCACCAUUUGAGGUCCUGCCUUACCAAUUAUGUGCUGCCCAACAACUAAAUUUGUCAUUUGUUUUCUCUAGUUUGAGCAGGGUCUGAAUUUUUUCGUUUAUUUUCUUUUUGCCAGCAGACAGACUUGGGUCUAUAAAGACAAGCAAGUACACUGACAGAAGUUACCAUUUAGUUUCUUAAAUGUAAAAAGAAAACCCACAAAAGACUCAACACAAUUAGACCACAAAAUUUGCAUUGUUCAUUGUAGCACUAUUGGUAAUAAAAUAACAAAUGUUUGUGCAUUUUUAUGUGAAGAUCCUUCUCGUAUUUCAUUUGGAAAGAUGAGCAAGGUCUGCUUCUUUCAUUUUACUUCCCCUUCUGUUUCUGAACGGCAGUUUCGCCAGGCUUAAUGCAAGAAUAUGACUGUAGAAGAAAGAGAUUGCCACAGUCUCUGGAUGGUUUCCAGGGCUGUGUUGUUACUGAGCUUCAUCUUUCCAGAAUGAGCAAAACACUGUCCAGUCUUUGUUACGAUUUUGUAAUAAAUGUGUACAUUUUUUUUAAAUUUUGGACAUCACAUGAAUAAAGGUAUGUAUGUACGAAUGUGUAUAUAUUAUAUAUAUGACAUCUAUUUUGGAAAAUGUUUGCCCUGCUGUACCUCAUUUUUAGGAGGUGUGCAUGGAUGCAAUAUAUGAAAAUGGGACAUUCUGGAACUGCUGGUCAGGGGACUUUGUCGCCCUGUGCACUAAAGGGCCAGAUUUUCAGCAGCCAAGGACAUCCAUACCCAAGUGAAUGUGAUGGGACUUCAAGACGUGAACUGAGACAAUUCACUCUGGCUGUUUGAACAGCAGCGUUUCAUAGGAAGAGAAAAAAGAUCAAUCUUGUAUUUUCUGACCACAUAAAGGCUUCUUCUCUUUGUAAUAAAGUAGAAAAGCUCUCCUCA